AGCCGCAGCCCGCGGGCAGAUCAGGUGGGGGAAAGCUGGGGCUCUCUUGGGUGCAUGGGCAGGAGGCGUCCCCCCCUCUCCUGAGACACCGCACCUGGGGCUGAUACCUCGCUGGCCCAGAGGGACGGCGGCCGCUUCCCCUGCAUCCCAGCCCACCUGCAAGAGUCCGUGAUGGGAAAACACAACAGUAAGCUGGCCCCUGAGAUGCUGGACGACCUGGUGAGAAGCACAGAGUUUAGUGAGCAAGAGCUAAAGCAGUGGUACAAGGGCUUCCUGAAGGACUGUCCCACCGGCAUCCUCAACCUGGAUGAAUUCCAGCAGCUCUACAUCAAGUUUUUCCCAUAUGGAGAUGCUUCCAAGUUUGCUCAGCACGCCUUCCGCACAUUUGAUAAGAAUGGUGAUGGGACGAUCGACUUCCGGGAGUUCAUCUGUGCCCUGUCAGUCACCUCCAGGGGAAGCUUUGAGCAGAAGCUGAACUGGGCCUUCGAGAUGUAUGACUUAGAUGGAGAUGGGAAGAUAACCCGCUUGGAGAUGCUAGAAAUAAUUGAGGCUAUUUACAAGAUGGUGGGGACGGUCAUCAUGAUGAGAAUGAACCAGGACGGGCUGACGCCCCAGCAGCGGGUUGACAAGAUCUUCACCAAGAUGGACAAGGACAAGGAUGACCAGAUCACCCUGGAGGAGUUCAAGGAAGCUGCCAAGAGCGACCCCUCUAUUGUCCUCCUCCUGCAGUGCGACAUGCAGAAAUAGCCUUUCCCCGCAGACUCCAGCUGGACUGUCCAAGGCCGCGUGCCCCAGCAUACCGGUUACCGCCCUCCCCAGAACCUUGCACCCAGCCCCUGCUUCCUAGAGCUGUGCACUCGGCUGCCUGGGGCAGAGUUCGUUCUGCUUGCAGCCUUCCACUUCCUCACCUCUACAUCCCACUCCCCGAGCCCCCCACCCGCAAAGGGACUGCCUGAGCCACAUUAGAACCCCCCCUCCCCCCAAACAAUCCCUCCCCACAAAAAUCCCUGGAGUGUGUUCAACCCCACAGCCCAUCCCCUAUCAAUCCAUCCUGGGAUCACACUGCCAGGCGCUCAUCUGCUCUUCUUUUCCCACCUAGCCCCCAAUACCAGCUUAAGCCUCCUCAGUACUUAAAUUCCCCAGAGCCCUGAAGUGGACUGUCCAAGGCAGUGUUCACCCCAUAACCAACAUCAAGCCUUCUGGCUCCCCCAGAAUGCUGCUUUCUCAUCCCUAGUUCCAGUUCCUACAGCCCCAGCUGGGUUAUCCUGUCAGGGCCUAUUUGAAACCAGCAAAUUUCUCCCCCGCCCCAAACCUGGUUCCUGGUGAUGCCCCAAACUAAGCUGUCGCAGUGCCCCUUGCUGCCAGUCCUGACUGUCUCGUCUCUCCCACACGACAUACCCCAGUCCACGGAGCCCCAGAUUGAACUAGCCAGAACUGGGCCCUGACAGAAUAGAGCUCCCGAGCUCAGUGCCCUGGGCCCCAAUCCUUAGCCUCACAAUGGAGUUGGCGUCUUGCAGUCUCCACCUCUCUCCAGCAGCCACCUUUCGGCCUCUCCUUUCGCUGCAGCCAGCGUUGGUUGCGGGGCUCCCAUGGAUGAGGCACUUGCGGCAUUGUGAGACGUUUAGAAAUAACUGAUUUCUGCCGCCUCUUUCCAUAUGGUCUCGCUGUAAAAUCCCAGAGUGCCGUGUUCUGUCUGGCUAACGAGUAGCAUUGCAGAGCCAGCAGCUUUUGGGUUCAAAUGCAUUUCCAUGCACCCCUCUUUUCAUCUUGAAAUUAAUCUGUAUUUAAACUGCCCCCUCUGUUCCCCAGGCCAACCAGAAAUCAAAGCAACCAUUGAAUACAGGCCUUCUCAGUGGGCUAAGGAAGGAGCUAUCAAUACUGUAUGCUCCCGUCAAAGGCAGCCCUGAAAUCAAGCCAUUGCCCAUCUAAUCUCAAGGGUCCCUUUUCCUGUUGCCCUGGCAUGUUGGGGCUGGUCCCGUGUUCAAAUUGCUCUUGGGUCCGAGGGAGGCCAGAGCUGAGUAGACGUCUCGCUGUUCACAUGAACGCGCACUGCGAAUGUUAGUGCAGGUUCGUGGAAGCGAGUUCCUUGUGAUUUGGGUGGGGUGGGUUUGUCAUUAAUGGUAAGUACAGGCUUUAAACCUCUGCUGAGGAUGGAAUACAGAGAUUCUGCCCAUUGGUGGCAUUGCUAGAGGUGGGUAUCUUCUGCCUUUAUCUCCUCGGGGCAGGAAGAGUCUUAGGCCAGUCUAGCUUAGUUGGAAGAGACUGGCUCGAUUUUGUGUUUGAGUCCUGGGUGUUGCUUCUGCUUCUGAGCACAGCAGGGCGGAGUGCCAGGCAUUGCUCGGCACUUACGUGACCUUUGCAGCUGGGUGGCGGUGUUACCUCUCGGCAGCAGCAUCCCACCUGGAGAGGGUAUAAAGUGAGGGGGGAAGAUAGAAGGGUCUGUCUGAAGCUGGGGGACAACAGCACAGGUGUGGUGGGGUGAAAUGUGGUGAGAGUCUGGGUCAGGGGUGUUCUCUGGGGAGAAGAUCCCCACAGGCCAGGGGUUGGUGGUGGAGGGCAGAGAGAGACACAGUGGCGGGUUGUGGGAGUGACCUGGGGAGCAGCUGACUAGCUGGGAUCAGGUGGUGGUUGUCAUCUCCAAAAGGACCUAUCCAGCCGGGGGGUUGCGCCAGGCGUGCUGUGCUUCACAGAGUAGGUUUGAGGGCCUGGGAGUGAUUUAAUAUGAGACCUUUUUUAACAGCAUCUCCCCUCCCCAGCCUGCUGCCUCCGCCCUUCUCCAACCCCAGGACAGUUGUUUGUUCACAGAUGUGUAUCUAGUCUGCUCAUUGUGGUUUUGAUUAUUGUAAUAACUGUUAGGAAGCCGUGGAGUUGUUUAUAUAUUUUUUUAACUGAAAAAUAAAAUGUGUCCCACAA